AGUCCGACCACCGAGUCUUCCUCAGGCACCUACGGAAGUGGGGUGUUGACAUCUGGCAACGCCUCCUACAGGCUGAAGCGCAGGUCCGCGGAGCUCGGGCGAUCUAUCUACGGGGUCCAGUCAGGACAAGAAUAUAACUCCUUGGACUUAAAUGGCUGGGCCCGAUUGGACCUGAAAACGUGGUAUUCCAACAUUACUCGAGGAUUCCCGCUCGAGCACUUAUGCGCCAAAGCUAUGCGGACAUAGCCCUUGACAGCCAGCAGAAGGCGCUACGCGGUAUCAUAUGGACAACAUGGACCGCUGAUCAAGGCGCACGUUACACGACUGAGGUGUUGGAAACUUGUUUGCGCUCGUCCUACUCCGUGGGUUUAGAUCGUGCGCAGAAUACCACAUAAUAUAAACGCUGACAUCCACAAUCGUCAACCUGGUUCAUGAGGUGGGGAUCAUGGACCUAUUCCGCUUCUAGGCCUCCCUCGUGGAGGCCUCAUUUCAAAUCUCUACGCGCCCCUCGCUGCGUUUCGACGUCAACGAUCAUGAAAUGCCUCGCGGGA